UUUGUCAAACAUGGCUGCUCAGUGUGUAACCAAGGUGGAGCUCACUGUGUCCUGUGAGAAACUCCUGGACAGAGACAUCGGCUCCAUGUCCGACCCCCUGUGUGCCCUGUCAAUGUGCAACACCAACRACCAGUGGUAUGAGGUGGGUCGUACAGAGAAAAUCCAGAAUUGCCUCWGUCCAAAGUUUGCCAAAAAGUUUGUUGUGGACUAUUACUUUGAAAUAGUUCAGAAGCUGAAGUUUGGGAUUUAUGACAUCGACAACGCAACAGUUGACCUGACUGACGAUGACUUCCUGGGGGAACUGGAGUGCACUCUGGGUCAGGUUGUAUCCAGUCAGAAACUUACCAGGCCUCUGAUCUUAAAGAACAAAAAGCCGGCAGGAAAGGGGACAAUCACAAUCAGUGCUGAAGAAAUUAAAGACAACAGGGUGGCAAAUUUUGAGAUGGAGGCAAGAAAGCUAGACAACAAGGAUUUCUUUGGGAAGUCUGACCCCUAUUUGGAACUUUACAAACAGACAGCAACUGGAUGGCAGCUGGCUCACAGGACUGAGGUGGUGAAAAAUAACUUGAAUCCAACGUGGAAACCUUUUCGAAUCCAGCUUCAGUCUCUUUGUGGAGGAGACAUUGACAAACCGAUAAAAAUUGAGUGCUAUGACUAUGAUGAUGAUGGUUCGCACGAUCUUAUCGGAUCCUUUGAGACGACAUUGAGGCGUCUCCAGGAUGCGUCGCGGACGUCUCCGGCAGAGUUUGAAUGUAUCAACAGUAAAAAGAAGCAAAAGAAGAAAAACUACAAGAACUCUGGUGUUGUGAGUGUGAAGCGCUGCGAGGUUGUAAAGGAGUACAGCUUCUUGGAUUAUAUCAUGGGCGGUUGUCAGAUCAAUUUCACUGUGGCUGUAGACUUCACAGGGUCCAACGGAGAUCCCCGGGAUCCUCAGUCUCUGCAUUAYAUCAGCCCUCAGGGCGUUAACGAGUACCUCACUGCUAUUUGGUCUGUGGGCAACGUCAUCCAGGACUAUGACAGUGAUAAGAUGUUUCCUGCAUUUGGUUUUGGAGCCCAGAUUCCACCAACGUUUCAGGUUUCCCACGAGUUUCCUCUCAACUUCAACCCAUCAAAUCCAUUUUGUGCUGGCAUUGAAGGGGURGUGGAGGCCUACAGGAUGUGUUUACCCCAGGUCAAACUGUACGGUCCUACAAACUUCUCACCUAUCAUCAACCAYGUAGCUUGUUUUGCGAAACAAGCCCUCCAGCAGACCWCUGCAGCACAAUACUUUGUGCUGCUGAUCAUCACUGACGGAGUGAUCACAGACAUGGACGACACUCGAAGCGCCAUCGUCAACGCCUCCCGGCUGCCCAUGUCCAUCAUCAUCGUCGGAGUGGGAGGGGCAGAUUUCCGCGCCAUGGAGUUCCUGGAUGGUGACGACGGCCGCCUGCGUUCCCUAGCAGGAGAGACGGCCGCGAGGGACAUCGUCCAGUUUGUGCCGUUCAGGCAGUUUCAAAACGCUCCUCGUGAGGCUCUGGCAAAGACCGUGUUAGCUGAAGUACCGACUCAGCUCGUGGAUUUUUUCACCACCAUGAAACUGAAUCCACCAAAGUCAAACCCUGCUCAGAACCCUGCUGGGACUGUGUGAUGCCACGAAGAGACCACAUGAAGACCAAUCUCAUCUCCUGGCCUUAGUCUCUGUAUGUUCUGCUUUUAAAGUCCAUCUUCAGCCAACCAAACGCCAUCUUGUUUCCAGAUCAGAACAGAUCCAGCUGGAGUUGUUUAUAACAUCCAUAACUUUUUAUUUUGCUAAAAAAAUCAUUCCAAUUUUAAGAAAAACUAUGAUGAUGUGCAAGUUUACUUGAAAAUUAUUGAUUUAACCCUUCAGUAUUUCUAUAAUAUUUACUGAAGCGGCAUAGUAAAAACUGUUUCUAUAAAGAAAAAUAGUUCUUUAAACUACAAAUUGCCUGUUUUUCUCCGUCUGUGGCAUCGCCAAAAUACAAUUUAAGCAGUUAAUUAAAAGACAAAAAGGAGCUUUUGAACACUACUUGGCAUAAAUAAAUUCAACACAUUGUUUCAAGUGCCUGUGACUUGCUUUUCCUACAAAUACAAUAAGAAAACAUAUUAGUAUUAAGGAAAUUUGGAAUAAGACAGGAUUUUACCCAUUUUGUCCCAGAACUGGCAUAUGUUUCAGUUUUAACUUGGCACGGCCAAAGUGAAACAGGAAGUGACGACAAAGGGGAACUCCCUGCUCUUUUGUUUAUUGAAACAAUAUUAUUUGAACUCUUCUUUGUCUCUAUGAUAGUGACUAAAACAUCAAAUUCUUAUUGCUGGGUUGCAGAUGAUGUAGUAUCGAUGUCAUGAAAUGCAGAUGGGGGGCAGGAAGUAAAUGAAGCCAUGUUUCCUUCUGUUGAUUCAGCGUCAAAAUGCCUAAUUUCUGUGCUGUACAGUUGUUGCAGCCACUCUAAUCAGGAGAAACAUCAAAGUUUUUUCAUGUUCCGAAAGUAGUGUGUCACAAGGGAGUUAAAUUUUAAAAAACUUGCAGAAAAAAUAGGACAAAAGCGGAUCAACAAUCUACGGUUAAAAACAGGAGGUGUGAAACAAACAAUGCAACAGUUUGCAGCGACCACUUUCUAACAGGCCAGGAUUGUAUUGUCAGAUAUUUUCCUGGAUAGUUACUUGAAUUUGGGUUUACAGAAGCUAAAUAAAUUAAUUGCAAGUAGAUCCAAGCACAUAGAAAUAACAGGAGUUAACUUGUUAGCGAUAGCAUUGUUAUCAUAAGCUAACUACUUAAAAUAGCACAACUCACCCAGGCAGAAACAAAUCAACAGACAUUUAAAGUUUCUUUGGAUCCUAAAUGUUUGACCCAAACUGAAACUAAAUAAUUGCAGCUUUGAGACUUUUGAAAGCUUUCAUCUGACUCGUAGCCUAUAACAUGAGGUCUGCAGCACCAGAUAGUAGUUUAUGUUCAUCGCCUCAACACCGGGUAAAUCCACCAGAUUAUAWAACAAGUCUUUUUUUAUUAAGAUAAUAUGAAUCAUAUCCUAAAUGUACACAUUUUUUUUGCAAUAUCUCGUCUGCGCCAGCCCAUUUAGGGCAUUAGCGUACUCUGUGAUCAAUUUCGAUGUGUUUUGAACCAGAGCAAAUCACUUCCUGUCCCCCCAUCUGUCAUUCAGGCAUCAUCCAGGUCAUGUGACUGCAGCCCAGUCUGUGUUUUUAGCCAUCGUAGCAAUGUUUUGUCACUUCCUGUGACUUCACAUGCAAAUAUCUCAGCAACUAUAAAUCUGAGCUGCAUGAAUUUUAUUUCUUUUAUACUUUAAAAAUGCACAUGGACAUGAAAUCAGUGCUCUUGAAUUAAUUUAUACUCUUGUAACUACCAGCUCUGUAAAGCUCAAGGCCAAUCAUUCAUAUAUUUUUGCAGUCUCACAUAACUAACUAGUUGCUGUCUAUGGCACAUGGAGUAUUAUUUCAAGUCAUGCUGUUGCAUGUUUGAAGUAUUUACAUUACUAACACAAUGUAGUAUUAUAGUGAYCUAGUUUGGUUUUUAGUCAAAGGGAUGCCACAUUCAUUUAUAAUGCCAGUCUUGAUAAUGUGCCAGUUGUGAAUAUUUGGCUUUCCGCCUUUAGAUAAUCUUUAGAUUCAUUUCCUUAACUGACAGAAACAUUCAGUGUUAGUCAUGCCAACGCUCCUAAAACUUGAUGCAAUUCUGAUUAUUGAAASCUGUGUAUGUUUUAACUGUCAUAAUGGAUCAUGUUGUAUUCCUGCUGCUUUGCAAUGUGUCUYAGAGCUUUCACUUUGCAAAUAAAACAGCAUAUAUUUAGCAUAAA